AUGUGUUUGCCUUUACUUCCGUCAAAUGAGGGUGGAACGGGCAGCGGCAGGACAGUCGUACUCCUCGUCCAGAGCGACUUUGAAAAUGACAGAAAUCGGGUCUUAAAAAAGAAGUUGUUCGUGGAAACAUUGAAAAAGAUUGGAUACAAUGUUAGUGGGUCAGAUUUAAGUGGCGACAAUUUCGAUUGGAUGUUCGACGAUGACAACCUUAAAGGAUUUUGCAGCUGGUUCUGCUCCAAUGUGGACCAAUCAAACUUCAUCCAUCCAUCUGAUGUCGAAAAGUUCACUAAACUCUCCUCAAGUGGAGCUGCAUUAGAGUUGGAGGAUGUCAAUAAGCUCCUGGCACAUGAACAAUCUCUUCUUGUUCAGAGAGACGAAAUGGAUUUUUACGAUGAUGACUUUGAAGACGUCAAUAAAAAUUCUGAAGGCAGGAUGAAUCACGUGCUGAACAAAAUAAAAUCAUCAAAAGAUAUUUUAUCAGAGAAUAAGAAGAAAAAGAUGCUUCUUAAAAAGCAGCAUGAGAUAUUAAACAAGCAGCUGAAACAAAUGAAAGAUGAAAAUUCAGUUAACGAGACUCUGGUUGGAUCAUUAGGAAAGCAAGUUGACUGUUCAUUGCUGCGACUUAAGAAGGAAGAUGAGGAUUGGAGUCUGGUGUCCGACAAAUUGUGUUUAUCUGUUCAAAAUGUCAUGAACUUUUAUGAAUCGUUCAUGAAAAGAAGUGAAGUUGUUGGUGAUUCAACUGAACUGAGUCCAGUGCUUGUUGAAACUGGACAAGUUAAUAAUGAUUUUGCAUCACUACAAAACUUUGAUGUUAUUUUGAAGCACAACAAUGAAUUUUUACAACUGGUUGAAGACUACAUGAGAUUUCAAUCCCAAAUUAAUAAUGCUGAUGAUGAGAGUUGGGAUAGCAGUAGCAGCAUUGUCAACAGCAAUAAGAGUAGUGGAGGAUUGAGUGACUCAGCAUGUCUGUCAGUAACUGAUCUAACCAGUGCCAAUGAUGACGAAGAUGACGUUUGCAAACCAGCUGCUUUGGAGAGCAUUAAAAAGUACUCGUUCUCAAGAGAGUGGAUGGAUGAUAUUUUUAUGAUCCAACGAUGUUUACAACCAACCGAACUAUCGUACAUCAUGGCCGACGUAAACAAGAGCAUGGUCAGUAUUGAAUGUGAUUUCCUUGAAAAGUAUAUCUCCGAUUUCAAGUCAUCACCAUCAUCAUCCGCGUUGCCGUCUAACAACAGCAACUAUCAUCAACACAACAUCAAGCUUAUGUCAGAAACUCUUUCUCGAAUAUAUAAUUCAGAACUUCCACCCAUCCUACAAAAAGUAGCUCAGUACAAAAUGCUUGAUGUGGUAGCGACUAACUACGACGAAAAGUUACAAAAGCAGGAAGAAGUGCUAACGUUCUUGGAUGGUGUUCUGAGUCAGUUCAUGAAGCACGAGUCGUUGAACUGCUGUUUGCACGCUGUUUUGCACUUGGAACAAAAGGAUCAUCGAAAUUUGAAGAUGAUGCUGAUGGCAAUCGAGUUGCUACUGGAGGAAGUUGUUUACAAGUCUGCCAUUAGACAGGCCAAGUUGAAAGAUAUGUUAUCAUCUUCAUCAUCGCAUUCAUCAUCGACUGAACAUGAUGGGAACAUGAUCCUGCCUACAGAGUCCUACCUCGGUCCUGUCAGCAACAUGUUGAACACCAUCCGAACAAACUAUGCCGACCAGAUGAAAGAUGCGGACAACAAUGAUGAUAGUGUUGGUGGUGGUGAGUUGUUCGUGACCGUUUCCAUGUUGUUAGAUCAGGCAAGGAGACUGAUGCGUAUGAAGCUGAGCAAGGAAUCAACAACUGCUCUCAAUAGAUGUCUCGCUCAUCAAAAUGCUGGCCUGCUGUGCAAGCAGCAACAGGAAACAGUUAAACUCUUCCCAUUGGACGAUUCAAAAUCGAACAAUCCAAUUAAUCGUGACCUCGGAUCAGACCUCACCUCCAAAUUGCUGCCCCAGUCAAUCAUAGCGAAGAUGAUCGAAUUGGAUGAUAUCUCGCAAAAAGUCAAAUUAUCAUUCACACCAAUUGUGCAAGAGAUUGAAGACAAGAAGAAGAUGUUGAGUGGAGAUGAACUGGCAUUGUAUGGUAGAAACUUGUUCAUCGAUUUCUUUCUACAUGAAAAUCGGCUGAAGAAAAGAGUCAAAGAACUAUUUGAUCGAACUCGACUAAUGCAAUGA